UCCAGCCUCUCUGCAUACGCAUGCCAACUAGUUUCGCCCUGCCUUGGGAUCAUUAGGGAGACGACAAUAGCCUCCGAUCAGUUGUGCCUUCUCUUGCAACGAUCUCCUUCAUAGCCACAUCCUGACUCGGCCAGAAUAAUGCACAGGCAGACAAUGCCUUAUAGCUAAUGUCCCCCCCCCCCUACCCCUCUUGUGAUAAGACAACUAGAUGGCAGCGUUCUUCAGACGAUCAAUACGGUCACGACAUUACGGGUCGUGACAUUUUCCCCCACUCAUAAUGCAGCACGUCCUCGUGCUGGUGAAGAAUGCUUCUCUCCGCAACAUGUAUUUGCAACAUUCGGACCGAUUGUGGGCCUUCGCAUAUGAUACCAUCCUCUGGUGGACAGGCUCUGUUCGCAGUUCAUGUGCUAGCCUGAUGUGCCCUGCACACAUACCCCUUCGCCCCUCGACAUCAACCUUCACUCUUGCUUCUUAUGUUCUAGUACCUCAGUCGACCUUCACCCUACGCUUCUCCCAAAGUUUGUACCUCAAUCAACCUUCACCAUACGCUCUCGCUAGCGUUAGUUCCUCGGUUGAACGUCAUUCUCGGCCGUUGCAUCUUCAACCUGUCGAGGUCCCCCACAAUGGUGCAACACAUGUGUAUCUGCGUCCGGACCGCCUGAUGCACACCCAGGAUCGCCUCUCAUUCUGGCAUAGGGUCGUCCCAUACUCAACCUACGUCGCACCGAGAGAGGAACCGGGCUCUGAUACCACUUGUCACGGACAUAGACUUCCGAAGCCCGUGCGGCAUCUUGAGGUGCACUCAUACCUCAAGACCAGCCUCUCUGCAUACGCAUGCCAACUGGUUUCGCCCUGCCUUGGGCUCAUAUUGUUAGCAGAGUUGGUACUUUUUUCAGUAGCAGCUCUUGGGAUCUCCGACUCUUAUACGCAGGUGUGGUUGCAAAGCGAAACGCGGCUUUGGAGAGACUUGUUGGACCUCUAUGGUGCUCCUUGAUUAGCUUUGUCUGGCAGGAAAGGUGUCGAAGGCUCUAUGGAGAGGUCCCAAGAGCGAUCGAGUUGGUGACAGAGUUAUGGCUGCGAGAUUUUCGCUUCUUUGUUUCCUCUUAUCCAGGUUUAAAGGCUGGGAGAGUUUGCGUCCCUCCAACAGCAUAACAAUAAAAUAAAAAAUAACUUAGAAAGUGAAAUAGAACCCAACGAAUUUAAAGUCUAACGGAAACGCUAAAAUUAGUGUGACUGAUUUAAAGACCAACAUAAAUGUUUAAACGAAGCAUUCCAAUUAAAGUGUGAUAAAUGAC